AUGUCCAUGGAAGAGAGCAUCAGUUUGGAGGAGACUAACAAAAUCCGUAUCUCGCUGGGUCUCAAGCCUCUCACUGACGACAAGGCUCCUGCCGGCGACAAGGAGAAAGAGGCGGAAGACAACUAUGCUAAGCAGCGGGAGCGAGAGACGAAGGAGCGCGAGUCAAAGGCCAUCCAAGAUCGUAUUGCGAAGGCCAAGAACAAGCGCGAGCUCAACGCGAAACUGAAGGGUGCCACUCUCGGGGAGGCUGAAGGAGAUGUGGACGAUACACUCAAAUGGAUCAAGAGGAGUAAGAAGAGGGAGAAGGAAUUGGCGAAGAAGCGGCAGGAGGAGUUGGAGAAUAUGGAUAAACUCCUUCUGGGGGAUGACUAUACCGAAAAGGAUCUCGAGGGCCUUAAAGUCAGCCAUGACUUCGAAGGCCUGGAGGAAGGAGAGGCCCGCAUCCUGACGCUGAAGGAUAGUCGUAUCCUCGACAACGAAGAGGAUGAGCUGCAGAACGUUGAAAUGGCGGAGCGAGAGAAGGAGAAGAAGAACAAGGAGCUUAAGAUCAAGCGACGAGACUAUACAGGCUAUGACGACGAAGAGUUCUCUGCUGGUGCGGUGGGUAUGAAGCGCGCUGUGCUCUCCAAGUACGACGAAUUUCUUGAAGGCCCGAAGGAAACCGACUUUCGGCUCGGCAGCUCCACCCUUUCUUCCCGCACAAAGAAGGAGGAAACGGAAGGCACAGUGUCGGUCAACAAGUCUAAGUUGUCGAUAGAUUAUGCCAAGAACAUCGAGUCCGCUGACUAUCUUCAGCCUGGCGAUGUCGGUUUCAAGAAGCCGAAGACGAAGAAAAAACGUCCGACGCGUCGGAUUAAUGUCGAAGAGUCCGAUAUACCUCCUGUGAAUGGCGAAGACCAGAUGCAGGUAGACGAGAAGCCCAUUGUCCCGCGACCACGUAAUUUGGAUGCCAAUUUCGUAGAUGACGAUGAGCUGCAAGCGGCUCUUGCGCGCUCUCGGCGUGCGAAGCUUCAGAGACCUAAGAAGCUAUCGCCCGAAGAGAUCGCACGACAGAUCGCCGAGCAGCGUGCGCAGUCUGAGGCCAGGGAAGUCAUCGUUGUCGGCGACGAGGAUGACGACGAGGAUGGCGGGCUGACUAUAGAUGACACUUCGGAGUUUGUUCGCGCCAUCACCUAUGACCCUACCGCAGUCAAGAAGGAACGUGUCGAACCUUCCGUCAAGCGCGAAGCCUCACGAGAGCCUUCCAGGCUCCCAUCGGCACCACCAGCGAAGCUCGAUGACGAGGAUCACCCCAUGGAGGAGAUCGAGGCCGGCGAGGUGAUCGUGAAGGAGGAAGAGGACGAGGAGGCGAUGCUCAACGCUAUCGAGAGCGCCAUCAAGCAGACCGAGGCGAUGGAGUCUGCCCAAGAGGGAUCCUCGACCGACGCCGCGGUCGGCACGGCCGUCGAGCAGACCUUCGGCGCCGGCAUGGCCGCGACGCUCAACAUCCUCCGGCAGCAGGGCGUCCUCGCGCAGCCGAAAGCGGACCAGCUCGAGCGCGAACGCGUGCAGCUGCAGCGCGACCUCUGGCUCGCGGACUACCGGCGGAUGGUCGCCUACCGCGAGCUCGAGCGCGCGAAGAUGCGCGGGGGCAACAAGGACCAGGCGACGCGCGAGUACGAGAACCGGGUGCGGGAGCAGCAGGAGGCGCGGCAGAACCUGGAGGCGUUCAGGAACUACAAGCCGGACGUGAACAUCGUGUACUACGACGAGUUCGGGCGCGAGCUGACGCCGAAGGAGGCGUGGAAGGCGCUCUCGCACAAGUUCCACGGGAAGGGCUCGGGCAAGGCCAAGACGGAGAAGCGGCUGAAGAAGAUCGCGGAGGAGCGCAAGAAGGAGGCGAUGGCGAGCGGGGACACGCCGCUGAGCAUGAACCAGGCGUUCCAGAUCCGCCAGGAGAAGACGGGCCAGGCGCACUUCGUGCUCUCCGUCGGCAACCGAGGAGCGGUUCCGCAAGCCGCAGAGUUCUUCGACAGCCAGCCGCUCACCAAGGGCAAGACGGAGAAGAAGAACAAGAAGAAGCAGGCGGACAAGGGCGGAAUCCCGCAGCUCGACUCGACCGGGUUCAUGACCCUCCCCGCGCCCGUGCUCAACAACGGCAGCCCUGCGCCAGGGACGUCCGCGGGGGGCUCCCCCGCGCCGCGCCCUGGCUUCUCGCGCAUCACGUCCGUCGCAGCGGAGGUCGAGACCCCGAAGGAGGGCACCCCCGUCCCGGCGGAGAGGUCGAAGGUCGUGAUUGGGCUUGGGGCGAAGCGCAAGGCUGCUGGCGACGCACAGGGCACUCCUCCGCCCAAGUCGCAGAAGCGGUAG